AUGACCACAACACCAGGGACCAUUGGUCCACAUAGCCGUAGAAAGGUUUCCUACUAUUAUGAUUAUGAUGUUGGAAACUAUUAUUAUGGACAAGGGCAUCCCAUGAAGCCACAUCGUAUACGUAUGGCACAUAAUUUGGUUCUUAACUAUGGCCUUUACCGUAAAAUGGAAGUUUAUCGGCCACAUAAAGCCGUCGCCGAUGAAAUGACACGUUUUCAUAGUGAUGAAUAUGUGAAAUUUAUACAAAAUGUUGGACCAGAUAAUAUUAUGGAAUUCAAUAAACAAAUGCAGCGAUUUAAUGUUGGAGAAGAUUGUCCAGUAUUUGAAGGUGUUUAUGAAUUUUGUCAAAUAUCAGCAGGUGGUUCAUUAGCUGGUGCUGUUAAACUGAACCGAAAACUUACCGAUAUAGCUAUUAAUUGGGCUGGAGGUCUUCAUCAUGCCAAGAAAUCUGAAGCAUCUGGUUUUUGUUACAUUAAUGAUAUAGUUUUGGCUAUAUUAGAAUUACUCAAAUAUCAUCAACGUGUGCUCUAUGUUGAUAUUGAUGUUCAUCAUGGUGAUGGAGUUGAAGAAGCAUUUUAUACAACAGAUAGAGUAAUGACUGUAUCAUUUCAUAAAUUUGGAGAAUAUUUUCCGGGCACUGGCGAUCUUCGAGAUAUUGGUGCUGGCCGUGGUAAAUAUUAUGCUGUUAAUUUUCCACUUCGGGAUGGUAUUGAUGAUGAUACUUAUGAAACAAUUUUUAAACCGGUGAUGACAAAAGUUAUUGAAACAUAUCAACCAAAUGCAAUUGUACUUCAAUGUGGCGCUGAUUCACUUACGGGGGAUCGUCUUGGAUGUUUUAACUUAACACUUAAAGGCCAUGGAAAAUGUGUAGAAUUUAUUAAAAGUUUAAAUUUACCGUUGUUACUUCUCGGCGGUGGAGGUUAUACAAUUCGAAACGUUGCACGUGCUUGGACAAAUGAAACUGCAAUUGCACUUAGUCAGGAAAUUUCGAAUGAAUUACCUUAUAAUGAUUAUUUCGAGUAUUAUGGACCGGAUUUUAAAUUGAAUAUAAGUCCAUCAAAUAUGCCAAAUCAAAAUAGUUCUGAAUAUUUAGAUAAAAUUAAAAUUAAACUUUUUGACAAUCUUCGAAUGUUACCACAUGUGCCUGGUGUUCAAAUGCAAGCUAUUCCUGAUGAUAUCAUGGAUGUCGAUCGAGCUGCUGAUGAAGAUAAAGAUAGUGAUCCAAAUAAACGUAUUUCACAAGUAAAACGAGAUCGUCGUAUUGUUGAUGAACGUGAAUUAUCUGAUUCGGAAGAUGAAGAUGGCGAUGGCCGUCGUAAUCAGUCGAAUGGAAAACAAAGUUCUAAUAAACGUAAAGCUACUUCAGAAACAAUUUAUGCAGGCACAGCAUUAAAUGGUACUGACGUAUGUGUACCAUCUGCUCCAACUGCUGCUACUACAAGUGUUAGCCAAGAUGUAAAGAUCACUGAAUCAACUACAACUGUAUCAUCUGAUAAUGAUAAAGCAACUGAAAAUAUAUCAUUGAAUGAAACAACAAAAUCUGUUCAACCAUCCGAAGAAGAAAUCAUUCCAACAGCAACAAGCGAAGAAGCAAUACCUAUAACAACAGCAACAGCAGUUACUGAAAAUCAAUCACCUAUAGCAGCUCCAGAUGAGAAUGUACCAGCACAAGAAGCUCCUAUUGAAGCCAUGAAUACAUCAGAAACCUCGUAA